AUGCCCCUAGAUGAUAAACAGAGAAAUAGAGGAAGAGGAGAGAGCUUGGUGCGGUUGGCUUGUCGGUGGCGGCUGUGGGCUCGACGGGAGACGACAACCAUAGUCGCUGACACUGCGACUUGCCUGUGCUUGGAACCACCUGUGUCUACCAGAUUAAGUCAUCGGAAGGCGGUUAAAGCCAGUCUAGGGGGAGACGUGAGGUCACCGGCGAUUGGGAAAAGGGGGUGUUUAUUGGUCUCGUGCGCGAACAGAGAAAGAGGGGAGGACGCCGCGACCGGCGGUGGUUUCGUUGGGCGUGGUGUCGCCGACGACACCAAGUCCGACGGGAGCUGUGGCGGCGAUCGUAGCACUGGCGGCAUAUUGGGCUACGGUGGCCGGCGGAAGUUGGUGCGGAGGUGGCCGGUUGAGUGGAGGUGUCUCUCGUUGCUUUGUCCAGAAGAGAAGGGGACCUGGAUCUGUUGGAGGCUGAUUGCACAAAUGGGGAACUCAAUGAGACCCCUAAUGUCUCUGUUAGGGUUAGCAAGUUUUGGGCCAGCUGUUGGGCCCAUUUUCUUCUCCUGCCACCACACCAAUGCUAUUUGCACCUAUACUCCAUGUCUGCAAACCAAGAAAGGAGGAUUGGACCGAAACGUGUUAUCCGCACCCCAUUUUCGGCCAUACACCCCUACGCUAUUGGGCUUGGCUAUUGGGUUGUGUUCUUUCUCUUCCUGCCACCUCUUGCAUUCCCAUUCGUACUCCCAAUCCAAUUCUGCAAAUAAAAAAAAAACCUUGGACCUGGCCAGCAACUACUACAUGCCACCUCCAACUUUGCUGCUGCACCUCUUGGAUCUGGAUCAACAAAUUUCGAGUUGCACCUCCAUUUUUGGCCAUACACCCCUAACAGACUACAAGGCCAGAAGCUUCAAUAUUUUUCAGCACCCUCGGUUUUAAUCUUUGCACCCCUAUUCUUAUUGGGCUUGGACUGUGAUGUUUUUUAUUGUCUUUGUUUUUUUUUUAUUUCUUUAGCUUUGACAUUUGUUUUAUUAUUGUUUGAUUGUUAAAAU